AUGGUAACGAUAUUACCACCACCACCGCCGUCGCCGCCGCCGCCGCAGCUGUCAGACGUGCACCUGUGCCCGCGCAAGUCGCACACCUUCCCGCUAGCAACAGACGUCGACCGCGACGGCGCGGUAGACGUCAAUGGGCAGCACUUCAAGCUGGCGCCGUACCCACUGCACGCGAGCUUCGCGGGCCGCACGGCCAUGUCAACAAAGAAGGGGCCGGGCGAGGAGCCGUGGCGGAGCAAGGAGCGGGUCUGUGGGUGGCUUGUUUACAUCCUCUACCUCAUCACUACCGCCGUGGGCUGCGUCGGCUGCUGUCUCGUGUGCAAGCGGCCGGAGCGGAAGAAGUCAGCGCAGCAGACCGUCGAGAGACUGCGAGUGAGGCAGGUCCAGCUCGUGCCCAAAGUCCAGCGGCGAGCCGAGCCCCAGCCCCAGGGCUACUAUGUUCCCGAGCCGAACCGGGCUAGCCAGGAAAAGCCCCGGCCAGUGUAUGCUCGAAAGUAG